AUGUACAAAAUGUAUGCUCAGCGCGCCUAUGAUAAGAUCAGCCUUCCGUUUGCAGGCAUACUGCCCGAUAGUCGUAUUCUGGGGUCGCUGCGGCUGAACGAGAUUGAGCGUACGCUCAAGGCACGGCCUCUCUACGGUAUGAAGCAGAUGGAUGAGAACGCAGACAUGGAGAUCUCCUCCAUGCUGGUGGGAACGUUGCAAUUUCCUUCGCUCUUGAAGCAUCUCAAUUCCCUGCCGGCGACGGCUGGGGCAGGACCGCUUAUCUUCACGUCAGGUGAUCGCCUGGAUGUGCUGGCUGGGCUCAUGUUUGCGCGUGAGAGCGUUAACAUGCCUACGGUGGCCGGCAUUGUAGUGACGGGUGGACAAGAACCUCCACGUUAUUGGGAAGACAUUAUCAAAGGCAUGCCCAAGAGCAAGCAGAUGAUGCCCGUGAUGCAGUGCGAACAUGACACGUUUACCACGGCUAAGAUUGCCUCGAAUAUUAAGGGUCAUCUGCUGCCCACGAGUAAGCGCAAAAUCCAGCAUUCUCAGGUGCUGUGGGACGACAACGUGGACCAAGAAGUCAUCCGACGACUGGUACUGAGUGAGAAGAGCCCACGCAUGACACCCAAACUAUUCCAGCACAAGCUGAUACAACAGGCGCGAAAGAACAAGAAGCACAUUGUGUUGCCCGAGGGCGAUGAUCCACGCAUUCUGGAGGCAGCGGCCCAAUUGAUUGCCUUACGCGUGGUGGAUCUAACCAUCCUAGGCGACCCACAGAAGAUUAUUGCGAGUGCCACGCAUUUGGGUGUGGACAUCUCAGAGGCUAAGCUGAUCAAUCCAUCGAGCUCUAAAGACCGCAGCAGAUAUGCCGAUCUACUCUUCGAUCUGCGCAAGAAGAAGGGCAUGCAGUUAGACGAGGCCAUUGAUUUGGCCCAGGAUGCCACUUACUUUGGUACGUUGAUGGUACAGGCGGGUGAUGCAGAUGGCAUGGUCUCAGGCGCGAUACACACCACAGCCAACACUAUCCGACCGGCACUUCAGAUAAUCAAAUCAAUACCAGACAGACCCGUCGUCUCGAGUGUCUUCUUCAUGUUGCUGCCUGAUAAGGUGCUCGUGUAUGGUGACUGUGCGAUUAAUGUAAAUCCUACAUCAGAAGAACUGGCAAUGAUCGCCAUCUCAUCAGCAGAGACUGCGAAAGUCUUUGGGUUGGACCCCCGCGUAGCUAUGUUGUCGUACGCCACCGGAGAUUCGAAUAAAGGUCCGAUAAUCGAGAAGGUCCGUGGGGGAUGCGAAUUGGCGAAGAAACUCGCACCAGAGCUGGCCAUCGAGGGCCCCAUACAGUACGACGCUGCGGUUGACCCGGAGAUCGCCAAGACUAAAAUCAAGGGCGAAAGCAAGGUGGCUGGUAAGGCUAAUGUGCUGAUAUUCCCGGAUCUCAACACAGGCAAUAACACGUACAAAGCCGUGCAGCAAUCCACAGGUGCCAUCGCAAUGGGACCAGUGCUACAAGGUCUUCGCAAACCUGUUAACGAUCUGAGCAGAGGAUGUACAGUACUUGAUAUAGUGAAUACCGUCGUGAUAACAGCGCUCCAAGCUGCACAUAUGUCUGGAGAGAAGAACUGAGAACCAAUGCUACACCCGUGACUUCAUUAUUUCAAAAUGUCACCAUUUAAAUCAAUAAACUUAUGCGUUAGCAAGCGCAAAGAGCGGAUUUGAUUUGAUUUCGGCAGGUGACCGGAAUACAGUCGUCGCCUUUUAAAAGGUUGGCCUGAAAAUAUGUGAAAGUAAGUCCCAAUUUUCAUUGCAAGAUCGAAAAAUCGGUGGCCAGACAUGGAGAACCAAGUUCGGCUGUGAAGCAUACACAACUGUUUAGUUGUCGGCACUUGAUUUCAACUAACUAAGCAAUGCGCCGGAAAAAGUCGAGAGUGAAAGGCUCGUAUCAUCUAUAUUAGGUGCGGGUUAUUAUUUAAUGUUUAUAGGGAAUUAUCUCGAGUUUUUGACUGAUAAUUGAAUGCAGAUGCUAUAGUCCUUCUUUCAGGUGCG